AUGGGUCAGUUCUCUGAUGACACUCAGCUCCGGAUUGGCUUUCGACUCCGUCCCGCUCCAUCUCAACAGCUAUCGGCCCUAAGCAUGAUGGCAAGUUGUGCAGCGCGCUCGGAAACUUGGUUUACUGCAAAUCGGGUGAAGCUUAACGUGUGUAAGAGCGAACUUCUCUACACAUCGACUCCGAACCGAUCCAAGCUGAUUGAAAAUCUACCUCUUCAGGUUGGAGAUGACUUGGUUCAACCUUCUCUAGUGGUGAAAAAUCUUGGAGUGAUCUUCGACAGCAAUUUGACCAUGAUCCCGCAUAUCAACAGCGUGUGCAAGUCAGCAUUUUUUCACAUUCGCACACUGGGAAAAAUCAGGAAAUACCUGUCACCACAUGCGGCGAAAACCUUGGUUCAAGCUAUGGUUCUUUCCCGACUGGACUACGCCAACUCGCUGUUUGCUGAUCUUCCAAAAGAACAGAUCCUGAGACUGCAGAGAGUCCAAAACGCUGCUGCCAGAUUGAUUGUCGGAGCGAGGAGGUUUGAUCCUGUUUCCAACCAUCUCAAAACCCUGCGUUGGCUGCCAGUCAACGAGCGCAUCAGCUUUAAGUGUUUGGUUUUGGCCUUUAAGUGUCUGCAUGGAUAUGCCCCUCCAUAUUUGUCAUCCCUGAUUGAGCGUUCAAACCACCACGGACCCUCAGAUCGUCGUUUUCUAGUGAUCUAG